AAUUGUUUCAAGAGUUCGUUUCUUGUUAAGGAUUCUACUGUAAACAGAAGAUGGUUGGCUUGAGCAAAGAGCUGUUUUUCCAAAGUAUGGGAGGGAACAAAUUCCUGCAGGGCCGGUCGUGCUACUAACCAUGAGUAUGUGUUAGCGUACGUGGCAGAGAACAAACACGUCUCCUGCAACUUAAACUCGUUAGAACAGAGCAUUCAAUUUUUGGUACAAAAUCCCUCUGCGCCACCGAUUCGGGACUUGUUGCGGAGAUAAUGGCCUCUCCUAGAAUGCUGCCUUAUGUUUGCGGAAGGGACCGGCUGGCUGGCGGUUUCCACAGGGUGGAGACACAAGCGGUGGUUCUGUGGAAUCUGCUCUAACUUACAUCAGGUUGGGGAGGGCAAAGCCGAGCAGCAUGAGUGGGAAAGAGCCGCUGCUGGGAACCCUAAAAGUCUGUAUUCUCAACCUGCAGGGAAGCUGCAGCCCUUACACAGACACCUCCCCACACAUACAACCCUUUUGUGAGGUCCUAGAGAUGAUCCUUCGGAAAGGAAUAAAACAGCCAGUUCUGGGGUUCAAGAGAAAGAACUAUUGGCACUGGCUAGAACAGCUUCCACAUCAGGAGACCCAUCCCAGCAUGGCCCUUCUGUCAAUGAUGAUUGAGAAAACUAAUUCUUGUGAGAAGGUGCUGACAGCACAAGGACGAGGGCGGUACUUCCUGCGUUUGGCUUUGAAUGGGAAGUUACUAGCUGUUGCUAUUCAGCAGCUGAUCAGAUCUCGCAGGCUGCUUGAGUUGUAUGAUCCAGUGACCUCCAUCUUGGGCAAUGAAGAUUUUUCUGAGCCUUUCCUCUCUCUGAUGCGGGUGGUAACAGAAAUGAAUUUCUCCCUAGAUUUGCAGAAUUCCAGUUUCUUGGAUGAAAGUUGGCAACUUCCAGUGUGCCGGACCUAUGAAACUGUUCCCUGCAGGGAGCUGGGGAUGGUGCUCAGAUAUUUGGAUGGACGGAUUUUCAUCAUAAACGUGCUUCCACAGAGCCAGGCAGCAGUGGAUGAGGUGGUGCUGGUUGGAGAUGUUAUUGAUGAGAUAAAUGGAUCUUCACUGAGGAAUGCAUGCAAUGGACAGGCUGGGACAGUGCUGCAGAAACUGAAGGGCAAGCCUCUGAGCUUCCGCCUCAUCCGCUGGAAAUGGCAUGAUGGAGGGAUGUACAAGCCACUGCUGCCCUACCUGAAAGUUCUCCGGGAGAAAAUCCCCAGCUUCCAGCUCCAGCAUGAGCACACGCACAAAGAAGAGAACGAGGACCGGUGCUUGCAGGGGGGCAGGCUGCUGUACAACCUGCGGUACUUAGGCCAGGUCAAUGUAGGAAAGUAUGGAGGCAAAGAGGUGUUAGACCAAGGCAUACCUUUGGUUUUAAAGAAACAUUUACCACAACAGGAGGUUUUAUUUGAUGUCAAAGAAACAGAAGUUCUUGUUCAAGAAAAAGCCUCUUCAAAGACAUCUCUUGUGUGGGACGGCGUCUGGACAGCAACAAUCGCUUCGCCUUCUGCAGUGUGGCUUCAGCAGUGUCUUCUGAACACAGUACCUUUGACUGUCUUGUGUUUGAGUCAAACUCUGAAGAUGAAAGUGAGGAAAUCAUCAGAAGAAUUGCUGCUGGAUUUAAGCACACAGAAUGGUUUGUCUGAUAAGAGCUGCAUGAUGCUCUCUGCUCCUGGGUUUCUGCCAAUGACCUACUUUUGGAGCCCCACUGGCCUGCAAAGGGCCUAGUUUCAGUCAGUGAUACCCUGCCAGGCCUGCUCUUGGAUUAAGGCAGCGCUCUGAAUGGAUUAGACCUCUACUCUGGAAAUAGUGUUUUGGAUACAUCUUCUACUGAAGACUGAAUUUUUAUUACUUUUUUCAUACGGACACUUUUAACAUUUGGAAUAAAAUCAAGCUGAAGCCAUGGAUUUGUAUAUUUGUAUUAAUCAAAGCUUCUACAUUAAAAAAAAGACAAAUUCAA